AUGUCGUCUCCUUUUAAAACUUCCCCAAUACGUCUCAAGUCUCCCCGAGAUAACUUGGGUUCCUCAAUGAUGGAAUCAGCUUACAAAACACAGCAAGAUUUGAUGGCCAGAAAAGCAAGGGAAAAUGGAAUUCCAACCUCUGAAAUCAAAAAACGAUUUCAGGCAACAUUAAGCCAAAUUUAUCAGGAAAAUCCGCAAUGUACUGAGGCUUGGGCAUUGGGAAAAGCAGAAUGUCAUGUUUGGACUCAGUUCUUUCCAAACGAUCCAUGGCCAGGUAUCCUUCCCAGUACAUCACAAUCACCCUUCAGUAAUGAGAUAAUGCGCUCCGAGUCCGGCGAGAUUACGAGUUCGCCGGAGAAGGGCUCGUUGAGUUUCCCAAGCAGACCGAAGCCUAACUUUUCAAUCAAGAUCGAAGAUGUACUUCUUAAUACAGCUGGCAAUCCAAAUGUACUGGCGUUCGUCAAAAGGGUACCUUUCCCUGCGACGAGCCACCCAGAUCAUACAUUCUCCGAUCUUCAGAUGCCAAUCGCCUCAACACUUAGCUGGCAAGCCGAAGAGGCGACUAGUCGACGUAGAUCUAGGUCGCCUCCGAUUGAACAGAUGGGAAGAGACAGAUAUAGACCAAACAGGUCCGAAGGAACCACAAGACAAGGUAGGACAAUCAAACCCGAAGAGUCGCUACGAAAUCUCAAAGCAGUGAGAGUUGGAGAAGCAAAGAAAGACAGUGGAAAUGUAAUGAGGGCUAGAGAGGAUGAUCCAUUGACUUACGGACCAAAAGAGAAUGAAAUGCAAAAGAAAGCAUACAUUAUGGGUGGUGUUGAGUUCCGACAUGUUUUCUUUCGUGCUUUGCAAACUAGUAGAGAUUUUGUAAGAGCGCGCCAUCCUUACUGCGACCGUUCUCAAAAACAUUGGCUUGCCGAUCGAAUGGCAUGGGAGACUGUUUUCAAAAACGAGCCAUUUCCCUGGUUAAACAACAAGCCAGCAGGAAUUCCUUCAUCGGCGAGUUUACCACCAAUUCACAAAACAUCAAGAGAGAUUACUGGCAAUUACUCCAUGGCUCCCCCACCGGCUCAAAUAGUCUCCAAUGUUGCCAAUACCAGUCAUCAUCCGGUAUACAGUAUAUCAGGUAGCAGAUCGACCCAGUCGAGACCUUCCUCUGCUUAUAACGCAAACGCGUCUGUCGGAACAGAUAUAUCUGGUGGUGCAACUCCUUUUGAAUCAAGUCCUGAGAUGCCAAGAAAGCUCUCAGCGGCACUACUGAACAAAGGAGUGAUGAACACUAUUGGUGAGGAGUCCUCGGAAAAUAAUGGAACAGAUCUUGUCGAAGGUAGGAGAGAAGUGGCUAUCAGAAAGAACACACUUUUCCGUGCCCUUCUAGGAGAUUGGGACGAUUCUUUCAAAUCCGUUCAAAGAGGUCUUGGGGUUACAAUAGAUUAUCAUGACGAUGCCUCUGGACACUUCAAGCUCACUAUCGAGCCAUAUCAGCCUGGGGAUAACGUAGCGCUCGAAAGAGCGCACAAGUUCCUCGAGAUCUGGAAGAGGUUGAUAUACUCUGAUCAGCUAAUCAAACUUGAAUAUUUCUGGGCUCAGUAUAAGAAUCAUGACAAGGCAACUGCAGUCAAUCGGAAGCCUAUGAUACAUGUCAAUGGCAAGAAGAUUCUUUGUCAAGGAAAGUUCGGUGACCUCUGUGGUUUCUUCUCACAGGAGAUUCAGGAAUAUCAAUCCAAUAUGGCUGAAUAUGCCGAGACUGAAAAUGGCACUUGCCUGCAGUACCCUAUUUGA